ACCUUCCUCUCCGCGGAGAAGUGAAUGCCCGGCGCAGGCGCCUUCUGCCUGGUGCUGGAGGGCCGGCUGUGCGCGCGGGGUGGGGGUGGGGGGACCCGGACGGGCCCUGUGGUGCUCCAAGGGCAGUAGGGAAGGAAAGUUCGGGACCCAGGCUCUGAGGGAGGAUUCAGGGUUUGCAUGCAGCCCUGCCCAGAGAGGGCUCUCUGUGUACCAGGGGGGUUCUGGGCUUCUGUAGGACAGUCUAGGGGCUCAGGGAGAAGAGCGAUGAGGCAACCCAGACUUGCCCCCAAGGGCUCUACCUCCAGUGCUCUUCCUAGCCCAUCUCCAGAGCAGACUGAGCUCUGAGACCUGCAGAAGCCUCACUCUGCAAGCUGUGUUGAAUUCACUCUUUCCUUGGUAACUGGGUCAGGGUUUCUUAUCCAAGCCUUGAGUCUCCAGCUCCCCGUGCCCACGGGGGUCUCUGUAUAUCAGAGGGGUGGAGAGGUUCUUCAAACUAGAGGAGGUGGUGCUGGGUGGCCUUAGGAGAGUGCUUGCCUCCUGGGGAUCUCAGUUUCCUCUUCCCUAAAAUGGGAUAGAUAGCAGAUUCUUUCUUGCCAAAGCCUGGAGGCAUGUUCCAAAUAUCCCAUGAAUAGCUGGCAGAAUUCCACAGGGAGGAAGGAAAUUUUGUUCUGGGGCCUUCAGCCUGUGCUUGGGUGGAAAGUGGAGGGAGGAGAGCCUUGGGGGCCAGGAGAGGUGGUGGGGAGGGGCUCUAGAAUAAGCCAGAAAGUCAGGGGCCUGGUGACUCUUGGAACAGAACACCCUGUUUCUUUUCUAUUUCCCGGUGGAUUCUCCAUGAGGGCUGGGGUGUGUGAGGGGAGAGAGAGGCAAAUUCACACUGACAACCGCACUAGAUUUCUGGGCUGGGAAAGUGGGCGAUAGGUCAUCAGUAUGUAUUGCUGAUUUUAUCUCUGCUGUGUCCUUCAAAUCCUCCUCCCCUUCCACCUUCCCAUGUUUGCCCUAGCUUGUCUCCCCCCACCCCCCAUGGAUCCCUGCCUAUCUCCAGCCCUUCCCUUUGUGAAGUGUCUCUGCACUGUGGCCUGAGGGGUCUGCCGAAACACCUCAUCACCCUAGGGGGAAAGUCCCUUCUUUUCAGUUGGCUAUUCAGGGCCCCCAGAUCUGGUUCCUGCCCCUUGCUCCUUUUGUCCUGUCCACACUGCUCCAUCAUUGGCCCCAGGAAACACUUUGCACCUUCCCCUCUCUGGGUCUUUGCUCGAGAAGAAUUUGUUGCUCCCUCCUAUAGGUUUCCAAUCUGUUAUUAGUAUUUUUGUAUUCUGUUGGAACAUGAUUACAUUGUCUCCUUCCCCUGAGAUUUAUGGCAGGAUUCAGGGGCCCCUGCCCUCCUAGAUCUGAGAAGCUUUGAGGGCUCCCUGCUCCCAGCACAGAACCAGCCAACACAACAGAUGCUCAGGAAAAAUUCUCAGAACCUCAUGCUCUCUGGAAAAGUAAAUACGAUUGGAAUAACCACUGCCAGAAAUUUGGGGCUUGUGGGACACCAAGUAUAGCAGUAGGGCCCCGAGAGGAUUAGGCCUCUGAGCUCCUGGGGCCUUGCUGAGGGGGCUUGGGUUCCCACUCCAUACCUGGUGUUGGGGGUCUGAGAAGUGGGAAACAUUUAACAGAUGGACGUGUGUGGCCUGUUGGCUUGGACAUCCGCUCUCCCUCAUCUCUCUGCAGAACCCCAUGUCAGACUCGGCUGGCCUGCCUUUCCUCAGUGUGGCCUGGAGUCUCUGGGAGAACUCUACCCUCUCUGUUCUAGGAUGUCUGCCACCGUCUUUGCCCUUGCUAAUGUAAGGGAAAGCAUGGGAUGUGGUCUUUUUCUGAUCAGUUGACGAUGGUGGCUAGGGGAAGACACAUACGUACCUAAGUAAUAGUUCCCUUGGGGAGUCCCAUGGGGUCUGGGGUCCAUGGGCAGUGGGUGCAUAUCCUGAGAAGAAGAGAAGAUACCCAGGAAAAACCCUUAGUACAAACAUCUCUGAGCUGUGGGCAAGCAGGUAUGGGUGUCUUGAUCUUUUCAACUUGCCUGAUAAUGCUGCUGCCACUUGUCACAGGACAGGGCUGUGGGGGGAUGGGUGGGGGCGAGGAUCCUGGACUGAAUGGGCACUGUGGUCAAGGCAUUUGCACUUCGUCCGUCUUUAUCAGAGGUUGCUCCUUUUGCCCUGGGCUCGAGAUGCCGUGUUGGUCAUCCCACAUGGCAGACUGCCUGUGCAACGUGAAACCCUGAGGGGCCUUCAGAGCAGGCUGCCCCUGUCCUCACAACACAACCCAGGUCCUUCUCAUUGUGCCCCACACCGUCCAUUCAAAUACUGAAUGCCUGCUGUGAGAACGGACCAGAAGGCCUAUUUUUCUGAUGAAUCAAGGAAGGGCCCCCAAAUCUCAGGAUCAGAUAAGGAAACCGAUACAAAGCAGAAGAUACGAGGGCUGAGCAAUCGCCCCUUAUUCCAGUUUAAAACUGCUGAAAAGUGUGCACCUACCAUAAGUGGCCUCCGACUCUCUGCAUCCACAAAGAACGAGCAACCAGAAGUCAGAGAACAAAUAAUUCAGUUGAAACCCGAUUUCUCUGGUGCCUCUCACCUCCUGAAUCCCGAGUUGAUCUUGUUAAUUCAACCUGAAACCACACAGAGCAGAUUGGCUCAUCAUGUUUCCUUCUCUCUGCUCUGGUUGCCCCAGUUAAUACCAGUAAUUCGAGGUGUCCAGCUUCCUGCCAUGGGCCCAGCUUGCCCAGUGCUGCUCAUGCAGAGGAAGAGCCCUGAGCUCAUGGAAAAGGGAAGAGUGAGAGUUUGACAGGCUUCAUGUAACCCACAUAGUCACUGUCUCAUUCUGCCCUUAAGCAGCUUCCUAAAACUGGUACUAAAAAUUCCCUGGGGCCUUGGAGAACUUGCAAAGCACCCAGGCUGUGUGACCUCUGGCUGGCCCUUUGCCCUCUCUGGGCCUUUGCACUCCGAUCAGUAAAACUGCAGAAGAGGUGAAUGCUCCAUGGCCCUGUGGUACCUGGGAAGAGCACUGAGCUAGGAUGGAAAGGAGGGAAGGCCCCCCUUCAGCCAUUUGGUGCUCUUGUUGUCACAAUGACUAAUUAGCUGUAGGCUAUGGGCAGGUCAUUUAACUUCUGACUAUAUGCGUUUUGUCUGUAAAAUGGAGACAAGAUCACUUCCCAGGGUUGCUGGAGCCAUUCUACUAGAUAAUACCUGGCUGUGUCUGGUACCUGGAAGCAUUGUUUCUCUCCACUCCAUUCCUCAUACUUUGGGUAAAGCCUCCUUUCUGGAAGUGGGAUAGUCUCAGGGGGUUAGCUGUGGAAGAGCUGUGACUGAGGGAGAGGGUACAGCCCUUCUGGUGGACUUACUCAGCAGCCUGGCCGGCUCACCCCUCACCCGGAGUGGCUAAGUGGAGAACCCGACUGCGCAGGGCUGGAAUGGCGUGGGUGUGCAUGGGGGUGGGGUAAGGGCAGUCACCAAGGGGGCAGGCAGCUGUGCAGGUCCUGGGCCCAACUCACAAUUGGAGGAAGGAAUUCAGGAAGUGCUCACAGCUACUCAGACAUCUCGGAGCCUUGUCCGAAGCAGGACAAAGGCUGAGGCUGAAGCACCCAGGGAUGAGUGCGCCAUGCCCUGGCCCGUGGGGUGGCUCCCAGGUCAGGAGGCCAUGGCGCCACGUACAGCCCGCCCGAUCGCUUGGGGAAGCCUGGGGUAAGUGGUCAUAGCACGUGAGUGUGGGCAGCAGGUGUGAGUGAGCGGGCGGCACGGAGGGCUGGGGGAGGCCACGCAGAAGAGGAACACGACCCGCCUGCCAAAGGAGCCCCGUCAUAAGUCGUUGAAGGGGUUCAGGCCCUGGCAGGAGCAUACCCUGCCCUCUCUAAACAGCACUGUCCCAGGCCCAUGCAGAAAAAAGGAGGUGGAGUGAAAGGGACCACAGCCCCUGCCGAAGGCCCCAUGGCCCUUGUGGUGACCCUGCAUUGCCCCCACCUGACCUUGCCCAGGGCUGGCAUUGCCUUCCUCCGCACCUGCGUUCCCGCCCCCUGCCCGCGGCCGGUUGCUCAGGAGGCAGCAGAGAGUCCAACUCAUGGUUCUUCCAGGGGAGGAGCCCAGGCUCAUCCUGAAUCCCCAGGAGGGGGAGUAUUUUGUCUUUUGUCUGAGCAGACAAGCUCUCUUGAGAUGGGUAGGCGUCACCGGAGGGCCGGGUUGGCAAGAUUCCCUCUGAGCAAAGUCUUCUGCUCCCUCUUUCUCAGCCCCUCCGAGUCGAGGGAGUCUUGAGCUCACAUCUUUCAGGACAGCUCUUCUUCCAGAAGCUGCCAGUGGAGUUGACCACGGCUCUUGGGAUCCUGGCCAGAGGCUUAGAAAACAGUAACAGAGCCCAACUGAGGUCUGACUGGCGCAAUGAGGAGUGCCCGACGGCCUAGUGGGGCCGUGACCCAGGGCCUCAGACCAGCAUCUGCCUAGGAGCCCACAAGGAGCGCGGCUGGAAGAGCAGGGUGCCUGCUACCACCCAGAGCCCCCUGUUUCGGAUGGGGAGCUAAGGCUCUAAGACACACCCCCGGCGCUCAGCAGGUCGGCUGCCAGGCAGAGCCAUGGAAACAGCAGUGAUUGGAGUGGUGGCGGUGCUGUUUGUGGCCACCGUAGCCAUCACCUGCCUCCUCUGCUGCUUCAGCUGUGACUCGAGGGCCCAAGAUCCUCAGGGGGGCCCUGGCCACGGCUUCACCGUGGCCACAUUUCACCAGGAGGCUUCUCUCUUCACGGGGCCGGGUCGCCAUGCCCAGCCGGCGGUGGCGACAGCGGGUGCCCGGGACUUCUGGACCUUCAUGUGAGGCCUCACAGCCCCCAGGAUUUGUUCUGCUGGUGGGUCAGACCCACUCACCCCCCACAAGCCUUCCCUGGUAUCCCACUCCUCCAAGUCCGGCCUUCCUGGCCUUGCCGUCUGUUGUAUUCGGCAAACUCCCCAUCCCAUCCCAUCCCAGUUUGCUGUGCCCUCCAUCCUGGGAGAUCUGCGGGUUGGGACCAGGUGGAAUUCAGCUCUGACCCCCUGAGCGUUCAGCUGGACCCUGCCCACAGGAUGGGGCCUGGGAGAGGCCUGAAGAGUGAGUGACUGGGCAGCGUCGGAUUGCACGGGGCCAGCUCUUCUGAGUUACUCAGGGGACAGCAACAUAACUGGAGUUUAUUGUGAACAGAGAGCUAGUUCACUCAGGUUAUCCCAGCAUGCCCGUGAAACUGGUUCUAUUGCCACCAGAAGAAACAGCGCCCUUGAGUGGACAUUUUUACAUUUUUAUCUGCCUGCCCCUCUGAUCAAGGCGUUUGGUUCCUUGCAAGGGCACAUUGCAUGGAACGCAACCCUGAGACCUGUCGGUUGCCUGAAAUCAGCCCUGAAAUUCUGCAAACAAGGGGCUGCUUCCUUGGAAAGCAGCGAUUUACUUUAUAAUUGAAAAUGUAUAUCCUCAUAUAGGUCUCUCAAGAACCAGGGUUGAAAACUACAAAAGGAAACAGAAGAGGAAAAAAGAACAGUCACAGAAAAGUACAAGCUGUUUGAUUAACAGGAAAGCCAGAAAGAAGACUUGGAAACAUAUUUUGGAUGAAACUUUAUUAAUAUAUUCUUAUAGGUCACUUCUGUUCUUAGACAAUGUGAGUGACUUGCGUCACUUAGGAAUGAUAGAAAAAUAGUGAACUGAAAGAUAAUUCCAAAUAAGUUAAAAUGUUAUGUUACAUCGAAAGCAUGUAACAAAGCUCUUGUUUUCAUUACAAAUAAAGAGAU